CUCCUCGCCCGCCUCCUCUCUCUCCUGCGGCCGCAGGAGCGCGGCAAGGCGGCGCGGCGGAGGCGGCGGUCUUGCUCUGCACUUUUCUUCAAGCAGUGAUGAUGAAUUUGAAAUGUUUUUGGUUAGAAUGAAAACUCCCAAAUCUGUGACACGUCCAGUUUCCAAAAAGGAUAUGAGUUUGAAGGACUUCAUCGAUGACUCGGAUGACUUCUUCUUGGACUUCAAAAAGAGAAACAGCGCAACUAAGAGUGGCAACGCGGAAGGAUCUUCAGACCCCAAAGAAGUCAUCGAGUUCUGGAAAAGAAAAUGUUUGUUCCCAAGAAUUGCUGAAUUUAGGUGCUUUAAGUGACACUGAAGAUUCUAUCACUGUAGAAAGUUUAUGGCAUGAUUGCCAAAAACAGGGAGAGAAAGGCUCGAAGGAGAGAUGCAUAAAACUCCCUCCUACACAAAAUCAGAAAGACUUGGUUUCCAGGUGUAGUCCAGACUUGCUUGUUGGAGGGAAAGAAGGGAACUGUGGAAAGAAGAACACAGAAGAUAAAACGCCAGCCUUAGCAGUCCGACAAAGUACAGAGUUAGAAUCAGAUAGCUCAGAUAGUGAAUUUGAAUCCUUAAUAGAACGGAUAAGGAAACAAAGCCUGUCCCGAAAACCUGUCUUAAGUGCAAGUAAAACUGUGAACCAGCUGAGUACAAUAGCAAACCGUAAGCCUUCCUAUGAAAGUACUCGGCCCUCAAAAGGUGAGGAAGACAAGAAGCCAAAGUCAAGCUCCGUUUCACUUAAAGAAACACCUGCCAGGAUAACAUCUUCUGUGAGAAGUUCUGGAAGUGAGUCAGGCAGCUACACACCAUCCACACAGACAAAGGAAAAGUGUAAUUCAUGCUCAGUGCCUGGCUGUUUCUUGCAAGAUCUCUCAAACCCAGCAUCCCAAUUUGUGAAGUAUUUCAAAAAGAAUAAAGAGGACCUGACACAGAAGCUCUAUCGUCUCUAUAACAACACCAUCUUUGAGCAGAAGUUACCAGAGAAAAUGGAAAUAAACUGGAAUAAGAAAAUGAGAAAAACAGCAGGAUAUUGUGUAACUGGGCAGACGAGAAGCCCUGAAGGGCAGCGUUACGCUCGAAUAGAGCUCUCUGAGAAAGUCUGCGACUCUGCAGACCGUCUUCGAGACACCCUCAUUCAUGAGAUCUGCCACGCAGCCACCUGGCUGAUCAACGGUGUUCGGGAUGGACACGGACGAUUCUGGAGAUUUUAUGCCAAGAAAUCAGCCCUGAUUCACCCGGAGCUGCCGAUGGUGACGCGAUGCCAUACCUAUGAGAUCAAGUACAAGUUCACAUAUGAGUGUGUCUCGUGCAAAAACACGCUUGGGCGGCAUUCCAAGUCUCUGGACACGGAGCGCUUUGUGUGCGCGCGGUGCGGGGGGCAGCUGCGGCUGCGGCGGCCCGCGCGGCAGGACGGCACUCCCGCUCGCGCCCAGCUCACACCCUUUGCCAAGUACGUCAAGGAGAACUACGGCUCUGCCAAGAAGGAGCAGGGAGGCUUGAGCCACGUAGAAGUCAUGAGGAAACUCAGCGCCGACUUUGCUUUGAAAACCAGGCUUCAAGAGUCCUUGUGAAAUCUCGGUUUCCUUGAGGCUACUUCAUUUUUGUAUGUAUUGAUAAAGUGGAUCAAUUUUUAGAAGAUUUCAGACAAUUGUAAUAGCUUAGCAGACUGAGAUCCUGAGGCCUUUUCUAAUAUGAUUGGCAGAGUGGGCAAGAAGUAAUGAUGAUGGGGAAUCACUGGUAUCAAUCCUCUCAUUUACAGUUUACUGGCUUGUAUAUCCUCCUUACACCUCAGAUAAACAGCUUAAGUGCCUGGGAAGGAGCAGUUCUAGGCCCUCCAUGGGACAGAGUUGUCAUCUUUGCUGGAAUUUCUGCAUCCUGUUUACAUGUGGGGCUUCACAGCCUGUUCUCAGUGACUCUGCUGAGCAAAAGUUCUGUUGUGGAGGUCAUCUGGAUAGUGGAUCUGCUCAGUGAGUAUAUUGGGUUCUACAUAUGUGUGAUAAACUCUGUGUAUAGCUGGGAUAGACAGAUUUAAAAAAAAAAAUCCUCAAACAUGAGCCAUGUCCUUUGUCUGGAUGAUUUUCAGACAGAAAAAGGGCAGAUCUGAAGAAGACUUGACCGUGGGUUUAGGUGUUCUCCCAAGGAGAAUUUCUUAAAUGUUUUCCUUAAAAAUAAGCUUAGGGAAAAUGGUGUUUCAGAUUUGUUAGAAAUAGCGUGAGCUUCCUCCAAAGCCUUCCGGCCCCUAAUGAGAUCAAAGCUAUCUUUAUCAUCAAGCUUGGAGGACAAUUAAUCCUCAGUAAUCAAGCUUUUAUAGAAACUAAACCUUUCCUGUAGCACUUGAAUGAAUGUGUACGUCAGUUGUGGGGUUUGUCCGCUGUGAACAGAUUGCUCAGGCAAUUAGCAAUUUUGCAU